AUGCCUACUCACCCGAACUAUGUGAAUCUGGCCAGAGCACCGAUGUGGUUCUACAACAGGAUCACUUCACAGGGCACACCUGAUGCCCAAGUUACUGAAUUCCUUUCUCUAGACACCUUACAGUAUACUUUUACUCAGAGCUCCAAACGCAGCAUCUUCCACAUGAAAAUGCAUGACCCUCCCACAGGGCAGCAGUGCCACCACCCCUUGGACAGAACUUUUCAUUGGCCAAGAAGCGUGUCAGCUUUCAACAGCAGUGAUAAAAGGCUCCCGGACACUUUCAUCCUGACUGGGAUCCCAGGGCUGGAGCCCUUCCACACGUGGAUUGCCAUCCCAUUCUGUGCCAUGUAUGUGGUGGCCCUCGUGGGCAAUGCUGCCCUCCUCCUUGUCAUUGGGACAGACAGUACUCUCCACACACCCAUGUAUCUCUUCCUUUGCCUUCUCUCAUUCACCGACCUGGCCCUCAGCUCUACCACUGUGCCCAAAAUGCUCUCCAUUUUGUGGCUCCAUGCUGGUGAGAUUUCCUUUGGUGGAUGCCUGACCCAGAUGUUCUGUGUCCACUCUAUCUAUGCCCUGGAGUCCUCAGUUCUUCUUGCUAUGGCCUUUGAUAGAUAUGUGGCUAUCUGCAACCCACUGAGGUAUACAACCAUUCUCAGUCACACUAUCAUAGGCCAAAUGGUCUUUGUCGGGAUAUUCCGUAGUGUGGCUAUUGUCUCGCCCUUCAUCUUCUUGCUGAGGCGGCUGCCCUACUGUGGUCACCAUGUCAUGGCGCACACAUACUGCGAACAUAUGGGCAUUGCACGGCUGGCCUGUGCCAACAUCACUGUCAAUGUUGUCUAUGGGCUGACUGUGGCUCUGCUGGCCAUGGGUUUGGAUUCCAUCCUUAUUGCCAUCUCCUAUGGCUUCAUCCUCCAUGCUGUCUUCCAUCUUCCAUCUCGUGAUGCCCAGCACAAGGCUCUCAGUACUUGCGGCUCCCACCUUGGUGUCAUUCUGGUUUUUUAUAUCCCUGCUUUCUUCUCCUUUCUCACCCACCGCUUUGGCCACAACCGAGUUCCCAGACAUGUACACAUCUUCCUGGCCAAUCUCUAUGUAUUGGUGCCUCCUGUGCUCAACCCUGUCAUCUAUGGAGCAAGAACCAAGGAGAUUAGGAGUCGACUCCUAAGACUACUUCACUUGGGGAAGAUCUCAGUGUGA